AUGCUUUUGUGGUUGACCACUGUGGUAACACCCUCUACUGUGACAGAGGGCCAGAGGGUCAGUCUGACCUGUGAGUCAGGCUGCCCAUCACUCAGUCCAUUCAUCACCUGGUUCAGAGACGGACAACCAGUCACCAAGUCAGACUUCCAGGCCAGGGCAGAGGAUGCUGGGAGUUACUACUGUGCUGUCAGCGGGCAGGAGAGAACCAGGUCUGCCUCGGUGGCUCUCAGUGUUCAGUAUGCUCCCAAGAGCGUCCAUUUGUCAGUGAGCCCAUCAGGAGAUAUUGUCAAAGGAUUCUCAGUGACAUUCAGCUGCAGCUGUGAUGCCAACCCAGCCGUGACAGAGACGGGAUACAGCCUGUAUAAGGACGCCCAUGUGGCAUCAGGGCAGAUACACACCAUCUCUAACAUCCAGCCGGGCCACAGUGGGCUGUACCACUGUGAAGCCUGGAAUGGUAUCAGACGGAACGGCAUCGGAUUUCUCAAGUCUGCUGAUUUUAACCUCAAUGUCAAGUACCGUCCAGAAAAUGUUUCGCUCUCAGCGGAUCCUCCGGGACGUGUGGCAGAGGGCAGCAGUGUGAACCUGACCUGCAGCAGUGCUGCUAACCCAGCAGCAGACAGCUACACCUGGUACAGGAGGACGGGCACCCCCAACAGCUCCCUGGAGCUGGUCGGGUCAGGACAGGUGCUGUCUCUUCCCUCUAUGGAGCCGUCCCACACUGGACACUACCUCUGUCGGGCCAGGAACCCACUGGGGGAGGACAGCUCAGCUGAGCUGCUGCUGGAGAUGCAGGGGGGUUUGUGUGGCUUCAAAUUCAAAUGUGGCUGUUCUUUCUACCUGCUCAUUUUUGCCAUUGCCGUUGGUCUAUUUGGUCCAGCAGAACUGGCUCAACAGGAAUCUAACCUCACUUUGUGUUUCUCCACAGCUGACCAGUCUUUCCUGAUCUUAGCUGGAGUAGGAGUCUGUGUCCUUGUGGUAUUUUUGGUUGCACUUGCUGUCCUUUUGUUCCAGAAGAAGCAAGCGGCACGUGAAAAUGAACAACAGAACGUGCAUGGCACCAGGUCCAAUAAGAGGGGUUCCAACUCCUCAACCUUCCAAGAGCAGACAAACUCCAUUUACGGCAACGUCCAGGACAUCCCUCUGCACUCCUCCAGCCAGAAUGCCUCUCUGUACAUGAACGCAGACCACCCAGGACAGGACAGGGCUGUGUCGUGUGUUUAUGAUGACCCCGGCGCUUGUGCAGAUGAGCUUGUCUACUCUGCAGUGACAGUCAAACCAAGAAACACUGGAGUUGUGCACAAACCAGACACUGUAUCCAAGCCUCCAGGGGAGAGCGACGACUCUGUGGUCUACGCUGCUGUGGCUAAACCCCGCUGA